AUGUCCAAUAACAACGGCGAGUACGAGGAUGGAUACGAGGACGAAGACGAUGAUUUUGAGUUCGCGUUUGUUUGCAGAGAGCCAGAUUCGUCUCCCAUCUCAGCCGAUGAGAUUUUCUGCAACGGCCAGAUCAGACCCAUCUACCCGAUCUUCGACCAGAGCCUACUCGUUAACGAUUCCCGUACAAGCACUGAUUCUUCAAACACCUCGAAGCUUCGUCGUCUUCCUCUGAGAAGGCUUAUGACAGAGGAGCGAGAACGAGAAGAAGCUCGCGAGCCCGCGAGCCAUAACAGCCACUGUAGCCCAUGGCCACUCCCUUGCGUCGAGAGGCCAUAA